AUGGGUCGGCUCGACCGGAGUGAUACCACGGCCUCACAGAAAACCGGCGUCGCAGGAGUCGUGGGCAGAGCUGAUGUUCUGGCGUGCCUUUUCUUCCUCUCUUCUGUUCUAUUGUAUCAUGGAUCAUCAGGCCGUCACAGAGUGUGGUCGAGCGUGGCACUGGCUGCACUUAGCAUGCUGGCCAAGGAGACAGGACUAACUGCGCUGCUGUUCAAUGUAGCCUUUGACCUAUACCGCUGUUGGACAUCUAACAGAUUCUCACCAUCGAUAAAAUGGCGAUGGCGUACAGAUAGUUUCUAUGGACGAGUGGUUCGAGCACUGACUGCAUUAAUACUGCUGGCGGGCGUAAGGCUCGCGCUGUUACAAGGAUCCCUCCCUGCAUUCUCGCCUCAGGACAACCCUCCUGCCUUCCAUCCAUCAUUUAGCGUCAGGUUGAUGACGUUCUGUUACCUGGCAGCCUUCAACUGGUGGCUCUUACUCUGCCCUUGGACUCUCAGCCACGACUGGCAGAUGGGCUCAGUGCCUCUUAUCACCAGUGGCUGGGACCCGAGGAACGUGCUCACCUGCGCGGCUUUCAUUGCAUUAUUGGCACUCUCCUAUAGAUGUUUAGUUGACUUAGAGUUACAACGACACGCGCCUGCAGUUGUAGGCUUAAUGAUGUUGGUGAUACCUUAUCUACCUGCCUCCAAUCUCCUCGUCACGGUUGGGUUCGUGGUGGCCGAAAGAGUGCUGUAUAUACCCAGUGUGGGCUCAGUGAUUAUCACCGUGUAUGGUGUCCAGAUGAUGUGGCGACGAAGUUCCGGCAGUAGACUCCUGAUCCUUGGAGUAGCAGUGCUGGUAGCUGGCGGAGUAGCCAGAACACACCUUAGAAAUAGAGACUGGAGGACCAGAGAAACUUUGUUAAGAGCGGACUUGUCUGUAUUACCACACAACGCUAAGUUACAUUACAACUUUGCAAACUUCCUGAAGGACAUUGAACAACAAGAGAAUGCGAUCAAACACUACAAAGAAGCUUUAAAGCUCUGGCCAAGUUACGCGAGCGCUCACAACAACCUUGGCACAUUGGUUCUGGCAUCAGGUCGAGCUGAACAUCACUUCCUACAAGCUCUCAAAUACAACAGGGAUCACGUUAAUGCUCAUUAUAAUCUUGCCAAAUUGUAUAGAAAGAAAAAUCGUAUACCAGAAUCAUUAAAGAUGCUAGAACGCUGCAUUUCUUUAGAACCACGGUUUGUUCAGGCGUACCUUGAACUCCUACUGCUCAAACCAGAAGAUGAAAAGAGAGGAGUUCUAGACAAACUACUUGAGCUGGAGCCAAGAAAUUGGGAGCACUAUCUGCUAUAUGGAAACUGGUACAAAGACAGAGGACUGCUCCCAUUAGCCCUGCAAUACUACUCGCGCGCCAUGCGGCUCUCAUUCAGCUCAGCGCAUGGCAAUGCACGCGGCGAGGUGGUGUCACUUCGCGCAGCCUGCCUUGCACUACGGUCAGUAGGACAGUACAGCAGGGUACUACAGCUCCUCGUCAGAUGGCAUGGUGUCCGCGGUGAUGGUCAGCCAGCCAGCCGACGUCUUCUAGCAGCGCGUGCUUGGCGCUUGCGCAGCGAGCUAGCUGAGCGAGCUGCAUUAUAUGCGAGGCCAAGACAUCAGUCCUCCCCAAUUACGUCAACGUGUUUGCAUCACAGCCAGCUAGAAGUGUCAGCACACUACACGAACAAAUUAAAACAAAACCAAAUAGAUUCUAGAAUAUUAGGAGAAAACACACUGCACAGUGGCGCGAGUGCAAACGGCGCUAGAAAUAAAUUAGUUAAAAAUAAUUGCCAAAAAGCGGAAUAUAGGAAGAAAAGCGUGUCGUUAUCAAGUCAUUAUAAACUGACACACAACAAAUCGGAAACAGGACAAAGGCAGAAAAGUUGUCCAUUACACAAGAAAAAGAAAAUUAAAGAUCCAGAGUUCACACCAUUUGUGUCAGACCAUUUAAUAAAGACUUAUUAA